AUGAAAUCCACUCGCGCGAAGAACAAGAAGGUGGUGGUGGAGUGCGAUCUGGUUGAGGGCCCAAUUUUCACCCCCACCCAUAUACUGGACAAGAAGAAUGCUCGGCCGGCCACUUGGGGAAAGCAGAAUGUGGAGGCACUUAGGGAGGAGUGUGGCUUUCCUCCGUCGGCGGUAAUUCGGUUACCGCAGCCCGAUGAACGGCCCGACUGGGUAUCGGACGGUUGGGUGUGCUUCUACGAGCACCCCUUCAAAAUUGGAUACACUUAUCCUUUCUCGCCUCUGGUGAGAGGGGUUCUGAGGGCGCUGGCGGUGCCGCCGGCGCAACUGAUGCCACAGGUCUGGAGGGUAAUGCGCCUGGUUGACCAUUUGGCGGGCCAAUUAGACAUGGAAUUCCGGGUCGAGGACCUUGUGUACACCUACAAGGUCCAGAACUAUGGGGCUGGUAGGUACUUGCUGCAUGUCAAGGAUGACAGGGAGGCCCUUCUUGGUGCGGAUAAGUCGAACGACCGUGGGUGGAUGGGUCGGUUCUUUUUUGUGGAGUUGGCUAGUUUAGGGUCUGACUCCGAAUUUUUGACGGGAGAGUGGAUGGCUAGAGGUAUUUGUUUGUUUUUUGGUGUUUUUGGGCUUGUGGAUUUGACUUUGUCUCACUUUUUUGUUUUUGUAGGUGCAUCCUUCGACACAGUUGGUGUCGGUGCUGAAGCCAUAGAGAAGACUGCUGUGCUGCUGGAAAUUCCUAUAAAGGACAGAGCCUUUGUCGGCACCAAGUUCGAGCGCGAAGAGCCUCAGGAAGAAGAGAUCUCUGAACCUGUGAGCAUGUCGACAUCAACAGGAACUGGCCCCUCGACUCGUUUUGGUAAGGCUCCCUCUGCGGAUGCACUGCUGAAGAAGCGGCUCGAGUCGCUAGGGAAUACCUCCCGAGCCAAACCCAUCACCAUGUUGUCACCUCCGAAGCCGCCAAAGACUUCAACGGACACCACGGUGACAGGGGAGACCAGCUUGCUCAUGCCUGCUGAGAAGAAACUGCCACCUUGUGAGGGGGUCGAAAAAGCGCGAGGCUAAUGCGUGACCUUGUCCCUCGUGGGUGUGACGAUUCUUUUUAUUCAAUCAAGUGUAAUUGGAUUUCCUGUGAGUAUACACCCAAUUGACUAGUAAUAUAGGAGUCGCCAUUCAGUUUUUAACGACAAUGAGAAAAACAGACAAAACCCGGUUAUCGUGACA